AUGCCAACAAGCAGACCGUUCAUUUCGCUGCUGUUUGGAAGCUUCUCCACGUCGUAUCAACGCAACACCACCACACAGACCUCCGCAUCGACAGCCACCGUCACCACCGGCCCCACGUCGCAGAUGUACAAGAUGCUCGACAACCACUCGAUACCUGAGCAGCCCCAGCAGCCGACCCUGACUCAGACACAGCCAGCGGUGCAGACGGCGCAGACGGCGCAGACGGCGCAGCAGGCAAGUGGGACUGCGGACCUCAGCGAAUCGCCACACGACAAGCUGUGGAUUGGAGGCCGAUCAAACGACGGACGGGAAAAGUUCUACCGGCUGGAACCGGCCAAGCGAAGGGCAUCCUUCGAUCGCAUUUCUCUGGAUCAGGUGUCUAUUUGA